AUGAUGAUAGGAGAGAUUAUUAUUGAUGAAGAACAAGGGAAACAGAUCAAGAGCUUAGAAGAACGAAUGAAAUCCGUGGAAAUAACUGAAUCAUUCUAUGGGUUUGAUGCUAGUGAAUUGAGUUUGGUUCCAGACCUAAUCCUCCCUAUCAAGUUCAAAGCUCCCGAAUUUGAUAAAUAUAACGGUACUACAUGCCCUUCAUCCCACAUUACUAUGUUUUGUCGAAGAAUGGUAGGAUAUGUGAAGGACAAAAAAUUGUUAAUUCAUUGCUUCCAGGAUAGUUUGACAGGACCGGCUUUAAAAUGGUAUACUCAAUUGACCAAAGCCAACAUUAGAUCCUGGAAAGAUUUGGCUAAAGCAUUUUUAGAGCAGUACCGCCAUGUGACAGACAUGGUCCCUGAUAGAUGGACUCUCCAGAAUUUGGAGAAAAAGAAUAAUGAAACAUUCAGACAGUAUGCCCAGAGAUGGCGUGACACUGCAGCCCAAGUUCAACCACUUUUGUCAGAAAAAGAGGCCACAAUAAUGUUUGUCCAUACAUUGAAGGCCCCUUAUUUAAACCAUUUAAUGGGGAAUGCAACAAGAAAUUUUGCAGAUUUGGUCAUUUCUGGAGAAUUAAUUGAAAAUGUCUUGAAAAGUGGCAAGAUUGAAUCAAAUGAUGGGUCUAGUUCCAAAUUUUUGAAAUUCUUGAAACAUAGUGAGUAUAGUGUGGUUGAACAACUACACAAACAACAAGCGAGAAUUUCUAUUCUUGAUCUAUUGAUGAAUUCAGAAGCGCAUAGGAAUGCUUUGAUGAAAAUUCUCAAUCAAACAUUUAUCCCCGAAGAUAUAUCCCUCAAUAAACUUGACAGAAUUGUGGGACAUAUAGCCGCUGACAAUUACAUAACGUUCACAGAUGAUGAAAUACCGGAAGGCGGAAUGGGGUCAGUAAGAGCUUUGAACAUCACGACACACUGUCAUGGUCAUGUAUUGCCAGGAGUAUUGAUUGACAAUGGAUCUGCUCUCAACUUGAUGCCUCUAGUUACACUUCAAAGAAUGCCUCUGGAUCAAUCACACAUGAAGAGUUAUCAGAAUGUGGUACGAGCAUUUGAUGGUACUCAAAAAGAAGUGCUUGGGAAAAUGGAAAUACCAUUGUUAAUUGGCCCAGUCGUGUACAAUAUUGAUUUUGUGGUGAUGGACAUCCACCCCACAUAUAAUUGUCUCUUAGGGAGGCCAUGGAUUCACUCAGCAGGAGCCGUUCCUUCUUCAUUACAUCAGAAAUUGAAAUUUGUUAUUGAUGGACAACUAAUAUGCGUCAAUGCUGAAGAAGAAGAUGUUCCUACUGAACUAUUAAGAUUGGUAGAAAAAGAGGACAAACAAAUUCUACCACACAAGGAAGAGGUUGAGACUGUGAAUUUGGGAACAGAUGAAAAAAGAAAAGAGGUGAAAAUUGGUACCACUCUGACAGUCCAUAUAAAACAAGAAUUGAUAAAUCUCCUUCAAGAGUUCAAAGAUAUAUUUGCCUGGUCUUAUCAAGAUAUGCCUGGUUUGAGCACAGAUAUAGUGAUACAUAAGCUUCCAAUCAAUCCAGAAUAUAAACCAGUCCAACAAAAGCUCAGAAGAAUGAGGCCAGAAAUGUUGUUGCAAAUUAAAGAAGAAGUGAUGAAACAAAUCAAUGCAGGUUUCCUAAAGGCAUCUAAAUACCCAGAAUGGGUAGCCAACAUUGUUCCCGUACCUAAUAAAAAUGGAAAAGUUCGAAUGUGCGUGGAUUACAGAGAUCUCAACAAAGCUAGUCCGAAAGAUAGUUUUCCAUUACCCCACAUAGACACAUUGGUGGACAAUACUGCAGGGCAUGCAUGGUUUUCAUUUAUGGAUGGCUUUUCAGGAUAUAAUCAGAUAAAAAUGAAUCCUGAAGACAUGGAGAAAACAACAUUUAUAACCAUGUGGGGCACAUUCUGUUAUAAAGUGAUGCCAUUUGGAUUGAAAAAUGCAGGGGCAACAUAUCAAAGAGCCAUGGUAACUUUGUUUCAUGACAUGAUGCACAAAGAGAUUGAAGUAUAUGUAGAUGACAUGAUUGCCAAAUCCCGAACUGAAGAAGAACAUAUUCAAAAUCUGAGAAAGCUUUUCCAGAGGUUGAGGAGAUAUCAAUUAAAGCUUAACCCCGCUAAAUGCAUUUUUGGGGUAACUUCUGGAAAACUCUUGGGAUUUGUGGUCAGCAAAAAAGGAAUUGAGAUUGAUCCGGAUAAAGUCAAAGCAAUUCAAGAUCUUCCACCACCCAAUACAAAAAAAGAAGUUCGAGGCUUUUUGGGGAGAUUAAAUUAUAUAUCUCGGUUCAUUUCUCAAUUAACUGACAAAUGUGAUCCAGUGUUCAAAUUACUUCGAAAGAACAAUCCUGAAGUCUGGAAUGAAGAAUGUCAAGAAACUUUGGAUAUUAUUAAGAAAUAUUUAUCCAAUCCCCCCAUUUUAGUAUCACCAAUACCUGAUAGACCAUUAAUUCUUUACUUGACGGUCUUCGAAAAUUCGAUGGGAUGUGUACUAGGACAGCAUGAUAAAUCAGGAAGAAAAGAAAAAGCUAUUUAUUAUCUGAGCAAGAAAUUUACUGAUUGUGAAGUUCGAUAUCCACCAAUACAAAAAUUAUGUUGUGCUUUGGUGUGGACUACUCGAAGACUCAGACAAUAUAUGUUAUACCAUACUACUUGGUUGAUAUCCAAACUUGAUCCUUUAAAGUUCUUAAUGGAAUCACCAGCUUUGACAGGCAGAAUGGCUAGAUGGCAGAUGUUAUUAUCUGAGUUUGAUAUUAUCUAUGUCAACCAAAAAGCGAUAAAAGGAAGUGUCAUAGCUGAUUUUUUGGCCAGUCGUGUAUCAAAUGAUUAUCAGCCUUUGAACUUCAAUUUUCCAGAUGAAGAUUUAUUGUGCAUAUCCAUGAAUGAAAAAGUCAGAACAAAUGAUGAAUUUGCAACUUGGAAACUUUAUUUUGACGGAGCAUCUAAUGCUUUGGGACGAGGAAUCGGGGCAGUGUUAAUUUCUCCAGAAAAUGUUUAUUAUCCCUUUACAAGUAGAUUGGAGUUCUUUUGCACCAAUAAUAUGGCGGAAUAUGAAGCUUGUGUCAUGGGAUUGAAAGCAGCUAUAGAAAGAAAAAUCAAAUUUCUCAAGAUAUAUGGAGAUUCAUCGUUAGUGGUGUAUCAACUGCGAGGAGAAUGGGAAACAAAAGAUCCCAAAUUAUUGGAAUACCGAAAUUUUACACUCGAAUUAGUGAAAGAAUUUGAGAGAGUUACCUUCAAUUAUCUCCCUCGAGAAGAAAAUCAAAUGGCAGAUGCUUUGGCUACAUUAGCUGCUAUGUUUCAGGCAAAUAAGAAAGUUGAUAUGAUGCCAAUCAAAAUGCAAGUGUAUGAAAUUCCUGCACAUUGUUAUAGUGUGGAAGAAGAGGUAGAUGGUAAACCAUGGUAUCAUGAUAUCCUGCAAUAUAUCAAAAAUCAAAGUUAUCCACCAAAUGCAUCAGAAAUUGAUAAAAGAACUUUGAGAAGAAUGGCUGCUGGAUAUUUUCUUGAUGGAGACAUUAUGUAUAGAAGAAGCAGUGAUCAAAUGCUGUUGAGAUGUUUAAAUACCAGUGAAGCUCGAAACGUCAUUAAAGAAGUACAUAGUGGAAUAUGUGGAACACAUGCAAAUGGUCUUUCUAUGGCCAGAAAGAUAAUGAGAUAUGGAUACUAUUGGGCUACCAUGUACACAGAUUGCAUUGAUUAUGCAAGAAAAUGUCAUAAAUGCCAGAUAUAUGCAGACAAGAUUCAUGUACCCCCAUCUCCUUUACAUGUAAUGACAGCACCCUGGCCAUUUUCUAUGUGGGGAAUAGAUGUCAUUGGGGCAAUCACACCAAAAGCAUCGAAUGGACAUUGUUUCAUCCUUGUGGCAAUUGAUUAUUUUACCAAAUGGGUUGAAGCUGCUUCAUAUACCAAUAUUAAGAGGUCCACAGUUUGUAAAUUCAUAAAGAAAGAGAUAAUUUGCCGGUAUGGUCUACCAGAAAGGAUCAUUACAGAUAAUGCUCUGAACCUGAACAACAAAAUGAUGACCGAACUUUGUACACAGUUCAAGAUCAAACAUGCAAACUCAGUGGCAUAUCGUCCAAAGAUGAAUGGGGCAGUUGAAGCAGCAAAUAAGAACAUCAAGAGAAUCAUUACGAAGACUACUGAAACUUACAAAGAUUGGCAUGAGAAGUUACCUUUUGCUCUAUACGCAUACCGAACUACUGUUCGAACAUCUACUGGGGCAACGCCUUUUUCUUUAGUCUACGGGAUGGAAGCAGUCUUACCAAUUGAAGUUGAGAUUCCAUCGCUCCGAAUAUUGAGAGAAACAAAAUUGGAUGAAUCUGAAUGGAUCCAAGCUAGAGUUGAUCAAUUGAACCUUAUUGAGGAGAAAAGAUUGAAAGCUAUUUGCCAUGGACAGAUGUAUCAGAAACGGAUGAUGAAGUCUCAUGAUAAGAAAGUACAUCCAAGAGAAUUCCAAGAGGGUGAUCUAGUAUUAAAAAAGAUCUUGCCUAUACAUAAAGAUUUCCGUGGGAAAUGGAUGCCUAAUUGGGAAGGGCCAUACGUUGUGAAAAAGGCCUUUUCCGGAGGAGCGUUGAUCUUGGCAGAAAUGGAUGGAAAAAUUUUGAAAAAUCCAAUAAACUCGGAUUCUGUCAAGAAAUAUUAUGCUUAA